AUGCAGGCUGACCUCGGCCAUCCUGAUCCAUGCAAAUUCGAAAACAUCGCCAACCAAUGCGCCGCGACGAGCACGCCAGGUGGAAUAAUUAACCUCGACAUCGACGAGGAAUGGCUGGUCUACGAGGUGCUCACCGAGAAGGCUCUCCUCCGUCCUAAAAGCGACUCGCCUAAUCGUCCAACGGCUACGUUGCGUGACAACGUCGUCCAUUCCGCGAACUUGGAGCCGCGGCGCCAACGACCGUCGAGAUUAACGAGGAACAAAAACGACGUUGGCGUGAACGCAUUCCAUCCGCGGAAUCGCAUCGAAACUAUCUUCGACGAGCGAGCACACGGCGAUAAGCUCUUGGACGACGUGUCGUCGUGUAUGAGAAAGAGCCUCUUUCACCACGUACCACCGUACGUUCUCUUUCAUAGCCACGAUCGCGGUUGCGGGAAAAAGUUGCCCAAGGAUUUCAUCAAACUUCUCAAAUGGAAGUUCUCCGCAGCCGCGCCGAAGAUCUUGUUGCAAAUUUUGAUUAACACCGGGUACCAAGUCGUGACGACGGACAACGAUUGGUCAGGUGUUUGGUACCCCUCCUUCAACGACACGUCGAGGUAUCGGAAUUUGAAAACGUUCCAAAAGGUAAACAGUCUACCAGGCUCGCACAACAUGGGCAGCAAAGACUUGCUGUGCAUGAACCUGAACAGAAUGACGAAGAAAUUCGGUCCCGAAGAGUUCAAGUUCAUGCCUCAAACGUUCGUUCUGCCCGAGGAAAUGCAAAAGUUCGAAAGCGCGUGGCAGAGAUACGGCAUUGGCAGCACGUGGAUAAUCAAGCCACCGUCGGCGGGUCGUGGUCAGGGUAUCAAGAUCAUCAAUCAGUGGUGGGAGAUUCCGAAGUGGCAUUCGGUAAUCGUUCAACGAUACAUAUCCAAACCGAAGCUGAUCAACAGCUCGAAAUUCGAUUUGCGGGUUUACGUUCUUGUGACCAGCAUCAAUCCCACGAAAAUUUACAUCUACAAGGAAGGCUUGGUGCGUUUUGCAUCGGUCAGGUACGUCCGCGACACGAACCUAAGCGACAAGUACAUGCACCUGACCAACACCAGCGUGAACAAGCUGAAUCCUGCCUACGUGAGCAACGACGGUGUGAAUUCGUUCAAGAGUCAUAAAUGGUCCCUGGGGUGUUUGUGGUCGCGCUUGCGGGAAGAAGGUGUGGACGUGGCUGAGCUGUGGUCCAAGAUAAAGGACAUCGUCGUUAAGACGGUGAUAGCCGCUGAAUCGAGCAUGAACGCAGCCAUUAAGGAGAACCUAGUCUCGAGUUACGCUUGUUACGAAUUAUAUGGGUUCGAUGUACUCCUCGAUGAGAAUUUGAAGCCGUGGCUCCUCGAAGUCAACACGCUGCCGUCCUUACAAACGGACUCGCAGCUCGAUACUGCUGUUAAGGGUCAUCUCAUGAGGAACGUUUUGAACAUGGCUGGCUAUCAGAUACCAAAAACUGAUCUAACUUCCAACGGUGGACGCUACGGAAAGUACGAUUCGAUAGCGCACGACUGCGCGUUAUACAGCGCGACGUUGAAUUUUUGGGAGAGAGUCAAACAGAACGAAAUCAACGUUAUACGAAAUCGAGACGAGUAUCUGGAUCGAAUCGUCGAGAAUCUGACGCGGGACGAUCUGAGGCAGCUUAUUCGCUACGAAGACGAACUCGCGGAGGUGGGAAAUUUCGAGAAAAUAUUCCCCACGAACCAAUCGUACGGGUACUUGAAAUUUUUCGAGGUGGAAAGGUACUACGAUCGACUAUUGGACGCUUGGGAAAAUCGUUACUCCGAGAGAAGGGAGGAAGCCGUUAGAAGACUGAACAAGUACUGCGAGCAGAUGCGACAUCUGAAUCCAGGUUCCGUUUGAACGAGAUUUUCUGCUUUUAUGCAGGCGGUGGUUGGUAAAGUUAUACUCUAGCUAUGGCGAUUAAUUACACUCUCCUAGCUAAUAAAAAUGAUGAGUGACUAAUAAAAACACUUCUACACCUUGGGGUUUUGCUACAUCCGUAUCUUUCACACAAGAAAAUUAAAAUAGAAAUUGUGGAUCUUACGAACCCCUUACACUGUAUUAUUAAAUAUUUGGACAACGUUUAACUGAAUAAUAAUUAUUAGAAAAUAUGUUGCCAUUUCUAUUCAGCCAGAAAAUUGAAAACAAGCCUGCCAGGUAAGCAUUUGAACUUUCGAAUGAAAAUCACUUUCGAUCUACAUGUCGGCGCUUAUCAUAUUAGCCAAUGCGAUUAAUGCGAGCCUACACCUUGGUCAACGAUUAAGAUACGAAAUGCAUAACACGACUGGAGAUUGUGCAAGUUAUUUUGUCUUGCCGACCGUUUGAUGUCAAUGGAAUCCUAUAAAGUCGGACGAAACCCUACGCCUGUUAAUCUACUUUGGUCGAACGUUGCGUAACACCAUAACCACGAGGUACCAACAUUACCGUCGCAUUAACUACAUCGGUCACGUUGACGUCAUCUCGCCGUUUACAACUACCCUUUUCAACCGAGUAUCCGUUUCCAUGCCAACGUCCGUCAUCGAGUUACGAAUAACCCAAUGUCCACUGCGAAUUUCACAUUCAACGGAAUGUUAGUACAAAGGCGGCAGCUCGAAAAGUUGAAAGUAACCGAGACGCUAUCUUUACUUUUCGCGUCUUCCAGCGUCGAAUCGUUUCUGUUUGUACAGGUGCGCGAUUUUCAAAUGAAUCGAUCUCGUCGUAUCGUUGACUCUUGCAAUAAGGCUCCCGUUUGAAUAACGCUAAAUCCGUCGACGUUGAGCGCGAUUGUUUACAAUAGAACUGACAAUGAGGCGAUGAUCAUUCACCUCGAAAUAGCUAGACUGGCUAAACAUAGACGUAAACGCAAUGACUCAUUUUGCAAUUUCAAAGUGAACGGAGUAAUUGAAUAAAAUUCGCGUUACUCAACCGCCCGCAUGGCCGAUAAUGCGCAUCGGCUGUGGCGUUCGAGGCCUACGAUAAUUUACGAUAAAGGUAGACGCGACAUUGUGCGGUUUAGAUGAUUUGUCGGACAGUUUCACACUGCUGCGAUUAAUCGUUUCGAAAUUACACGAUUUCAGUAUAGACGUCGAUUUAACGAUCAAUUUUAAUGGACAAAAAAGAAGGUAUGGCGAAAAAUUGUGCAGCACCAAAUGUACUGUACUGUCUCUCGUGCAGUAUACAUAUAAUUUGACGUUUUGCCCUGCAUGACUGUCAACCUUUCUGAAUGGUGACUUCUUUAUAUAAAAAGAGAAUUUAAAUUAUACGAAUACUAUACUUGUAAAUGAGCCGUUCAUUGGAUAAAUCG